GGCUGCGGGCGGAGCUGGGUUACUGAAGAGGAGCCGGAGCCGGAGCCGGAGCCGGAGCCCAGCUCACUCUGGACUAUCCCGGAGCCACUCACCCACAACCAUGCAGGCUCCAGCCGAGCGGAGCCUCACCUUCCCCGGGAUGCACAAGCCAGGGAACCGGCGCUACAAGACUUUCAUGAUCGAUGAGAUUCUGGCCAGGGAGAGCCGCGGUCACCUGGAACUGACCCUGGGCUCCCAGCCCGGCUUCAUCAUCCGCCCGCAGGCUGUCCACUCCUGCCCCGGGUCAUCCUUGAGCCCGUACCCGUUGCUUUCAGUAUCUCACCUCUCUCCAACUCUCACUGCGAGGAUUCCACAGUUUCGGUCUCCUGCUCCAUGCUCUAGUCAGACAGAUCCAGCAGCUCUUGGGAAUAUUAGUCCCGCUGGCAGUGAGUGUGAAAGUGAUCAGAGCAUUGCUCGGCUAAAAAAGCCUCGGAGAAGUCGUACCAUUUUCACUGAGCUACAGCUCAUGGGGCUGGAGAAGAAAUUCCAGAAACAGAAAUAUCUGUCCACACCAGACAGGUUGGAUCUUGCACAGUCACUGGGAUUAACUCAGCUUCAAGUGAAAACCUGGUACCAGAACCGAAGGAUGAAGUGGAAGAAGCUGGUGCUGAAAGGAGGACAUGAGGCUCCAACAAAGCCCAAAGGAAGGCCAAAGAAAAACUCCAUCCCCACCACAGAGGAAAUCGAGGCCGAAGAGAAAGAGGCCAAAUCAGCACAAGAGCAGGAAACAGGUCCUUCCUGAGAAAAUGGAUCAGCACAAAUAAACUCUUUUAUUCUUCACUAUGCACUGGUGCCAUGGGACACUGCUGUAGCUUGUAGUGGAGACCCAAGAAUGCAAUGUACAGCCAGACUGCUGCCUAAUCCAGCAGCUGUGUGUAAAUAUUGACAUUAAUUUAAUGGGAGCUGGGAGCUGAUGCUGUGUUUAUAAGGGGAUUAUGAAUAAAAUAUUGUAUAUUA